CAUUUCCCAUAAACUGCUGUGAUAGUUACUGCAACUAGUAUUACAAGGCAAUUCAAGUUGUCAACGGCAGAUCCGUGCAGAACUUCUUCAGAGUGCUGUAUGCUUAGCAUGGAAUCCAAACCUGGACUUCUGCACCUCCGUGGACAGAGAGAGGGUUGAAAGAAACAGAGGCCCUUUGAUGCUAGCAAAGGCUCAAUGGAGGAAGCACCGUCCAUAGCAAAGCAGUCCUUCAUCAAGCUGUUGAAGUUGCACCGGGAGGUCCUCGUCAGCUGCAUCAAAAACACAGAGUGUGUGCUGAACAACUUAGUAAAAGAGGAGUUCUUUACAAAUGAAGAUGCUGAGCUUUCACAACAGCAUCCCACACAGACAGCUAAGGUUCGAAAAAUAUUGGAUCUCAUUGAGAAUAAGGGAGAAGAAACGGCAGAGUAUUUCCUACACAUUCUUCAUCAAGCCAGCGAAGUUUAUACAGCACUUAGCCCAUGGCUAAAAGAAAUAGGUUAUCAACCGUCAGAACACGUGCAGAGCAAAUCGGUGACCAUCACAGAUGCUGUCUUUCAGUACAUUCGAAAGAUGAAGCUUGAUCUUCAACAAGAUACAACAUAUGUCACUUCAUAUGCCCAAAAGCAGGACACCUUGUUUGAAGAUACAUACACGGAGACACUGAUGGAAUUAAUCAACAAUGUCAAUGAACCCAAAGGAAUGCUGUCCUGUUUGGAUGAAUUAUUCAGUGCGUUUGGAGUUAUCAGUGAAGAGUCAGAAACGGUGAUUGUAACCGGUGACGCUGGGGUUGGUAAAUCUAUUCUGCUUCAGAAACUGCAGAGCUUGUGGUCCAAAGGAGAGCUGUGUGCUGAUGUCAAAUUCUUCUUCAAAUUCAGGUGCCGAAUAUUUAAUAGCUUUAAGGAGGAAGACAAGAUUUCACUCAAGGAUUUGCUCUUCAAGUACAACUGUUACCCUGACCGAGACGUGGAUGAAAUCUUCAGAUAUAUCUGUCAACAUGCUGAGUCUGUCCUCUUCACACUGGAUGGGUUUGAUGAGAUUAACAUUGACUGUGACGUGAACGACAUCCCUGACAUUUCCUCGCCCUUUGUCCCCACUCACCCUGUGGCCUUGUUGAUGAACCUUCUCCGAGGAAAAUUAUUAAAAGGUUCUAAAAAGGUAUUGACAGCCAGAACUGGCACAAUUCUGCCGCUGAGAAUCGUGAGGAAGAAAGUCGUAUUGAAAGGAUUUUCGAAGGACAAUUUGCUGCAGUAUUUGAAGAAGUUUUUCAAAAACAAGAAUUAUCAAAGUUCAGUCUUGACCCAGCUGGAAGCAAACCCUCACCUGUGCACCCUGUGUUCAGUGCCACUCUUCUGCUGGAUUAUAUUUAAAUGCUAUGAGCACAUUCUGAACAUGCCCGACACCUACCAGCUUUCAGACUAUAUCACACUGACCGAUGUUUACCUACUGAUGCUGGAGGUUUUCCUGAAUCGCUCCUCAAAGGUAACAUUGAACAGAAGAAACAAAAGUCCAACUGAGACGUUCAGAAUGAGAAGGGACAGUCUAAUGCGAUUUGGAAAACUAGCAAAAGAGGGAAUCGAAAACAGAAACUUUCUCUUCAACCAGGAGCAAAUCACAGAAGCAGAUAUCUCUGAGCAGGACUUGCAAUUGGGUUUCAUCAAAGCUGCUGGCCAUUACGAUGGUCUUGGGAACCAAACCACUUAUGAGUUCCUUCACUUGACCCUGCAGUCAUUUUUCACUGCUUUCUGUUUAGUCAUAGAUGAUGAAAUCAGCGUAAAGGAAAUGAUAAAUUUUUUUGCCGAACGUGAUAAGUACAGGAUUGAGGAAAAAGGAAGUGUCUUUGCGUUACAAUGCCUGGGCUCCAACAGGAAUCAGAAAAAAGAUCCUUUUGAAAGCACUGAGCACUAUCAGUUCACUGUUCUUUUCCUUUGUGGCCUGGUGUCAAAAAGUAACCGAGAUGUCUUCAAACAUUUGGCUCCUGCAGGAAUAAUCCAGAAGAAGAGGUUAGCACUGAAGUCUUACCUGGCCAAAGAGGUCAGAUCACACUUAAAGUCUCUUCCCCGAUCACAGCUGGAAGAGUAUAGCAGAGUGCAGGCUCUGCCUCAAUUUGUAUGGUUGAUGAGAUACAUAUUUGAAACGCAGAGUGAAGAAGUUGCCAAGCUUGCAGCCAAGGGGAUUUGUGCCGACUACUUAAAAUUGACCUUCUGCAACGCCUGUUCUGCUGACUGCAGCGCUGUUGCAAACAUUUUACAACACCGCAAAGAGCAAAUUGCGCUUGAACUAGACAACAACAACAUCAACGACUAUGGAGUGAAAGAACUAAUCCCCUGUUUCAGUAAGCUCACCGUGGUCAGGUUGAGUGUAAACCAGGUCACAGAUGAUGGAGCGAAAGUACUGGCUGACGAACUUACAAAGUACAAAAUUAUAAAAUUUCUUGGUCUGUACAGGAAUCAGAUCACUGAUGUCGGUGCCCAGUACAUUGCCAGAGUGGUUGAAGAAUGUUCAAGUCUUAGAACUUUAAAAAUUGGACUCAACAAGCUUACAAGUAAAGGAGGGAUAUUACUGGCACAAGCAAUUCAGAAAAACAAGGCUUUCAGGGAUAUAGGGAUGUGGGGCAACAAGAUUGGGGACCCGGGAGCAGUCGCCUUUGCUGAAGCUUUGCGACACCAUCCCGCUUUAUAUGAGCUGAGCCUUGCAGGCAAUGACAUUUCUGCAGAUGGAGGGAAAAUCUUAGCUGCAGCACUGGAACAGAAUAACUGCCUUCAGAUAUUUUGGAUGACAGAAAACCAGCUGAAUGAUGAAGCGGCAGAGAGAAUGGCAGUGAUGCUUAAAGUAAACAGAAGUCUGCGUCAUUUAUGGCUGAUAAAUAAUAAAAUUACAGCGCUUGGAGCCAAGUAUUUCAGUGAUGUACUCAAAGAAAACACAUUCAUAGAAGAGAUCUGCUUGAAUGGCAACAACAUAUCCGCAGAAGAAGCCAAAUCGUUUGAGAAUGACACAAGAAUUGUGCUCUGAUCGUCAGGAAUGGAUCCAGCCUUGGCCCACCGUGAAGCUGAGCUUUAACACUGCGUAGAGGAAUGAAAAAAACUGCCAAAUAUUCUGUAAAUAAUGAUUGUUGGGUUUUGGGUUGAAUGAGAUGAAAAACUUGGAAAUAAAAUCAAAUAACACUAGGUACAGUAUGUAAAACUAUAGCAUUUUAUAUAUUCUAUAUCCAAAAAGUGGUCCCAGCACUCCAUAAAUGUACAAGCUGAAGCUGCUACCCACUGUUUCAUUUCACCAGAUAAAACAAUGGCUGGGACUGCUCCAUCUACUCCUCCGUUACAGGAAAUUCACACAAAAUGGAAUAUGGACUUAUAUUGACAAUAUUUGCAAUCAGGAUUUUUUGCGGGGAUUUUUAAAAAAUCAUCAAACGGUUGAAUUUAUUUUUGGUUAAAAAACGAAUAAACUUGUGGAAAUGAAUUGAUCCAAUUUGCAAUUGUUUGGUUUUGAAAAUCGGUGGUUGAAUCAGAUACAAAAGAUGCAAUUAAGAGGAAACCAGAUCCACACAUGAGGGAAUGGGGAAUAGAGGCUAUGGGAAGGAUAUUCAUGUGGAGUAUAAAUACCAGGACAGGCAGCUUGUUUCUAUGCCAUGCCAUCUAUGCAAGUCUAUCAAGACAAUUUCAGUCUAUAGCAGUGUACAUUUUUGGCGGUGAGUGUUACAAUAAAUAAUAAUCCUUGCAUUUGA